UGACAAUGUUUCAGCUGGCAUGUAAAACCUCAUCGAAAGUAAAUAACACUUUUCAAAGUAAUGCUCUGGUAGAGCUUCGAUUAAAUUAGUGCUUUCUUAUUUUGAAUAUAUAUAUCUUAUUCUGCGGCUGUUUUACAAAAAUGAAUUUGAAAUUUGAUCUUCGAGGAAAACUAGAACAAACCAUUCAGUUAUUGCAACAAGCUUAUUCUACCUACAAACCUGAAGAAAUAUUUCUUUCUUUUAAUGGUGGAAAAGAUUGUACAGUUUUGUUGGACAUCACCAUAAGACUGUUAGGAGACAUCAUAUCAUGUAAGGAUAUACAAUGCGUUUAUAUGCAACCAAUGGAACCAUUCGAAGAAGUGGAAGAUUUCAUCGGUUACUGUAAGAAACACUAUGGCAUAGAAAUCCGAACCAUGAAGGGGGGCAUCAAAACUAUACUGCAACAAAUAUGCGACAAGAACCCUAACAUCAAAGCGUGUCUCAUGGGAUCUCGACGAACCGAUCCGUACUGCGAGAACCUUCAGCUUAUGCAGGAAACAGAUCCUGGAUGGCCCAAGCUGAUGCGAAUAAGUCCAUUGUUGGAUUGGAACUGUACGGAUAUAUGGGAAUACAUCCAGUCGAACAAAGUUCAUUACUGCAGCCUGUAUGAUCGAGGGUAUACAUCAAUUGGCGAUAAGACCAACACUAUUCCAAAUCCAAAUCUGAAGCGCAUAGGAAAGGCUGGUGAACUGUACUAUUUACCAGCCUACCAUUUAAGCGAUGCGGAUAAGUUUGAACGAGCGGGAAGGCUGUAGCAACAAGCAUGAGUGAGGAAAACGCUACAUGUUGAGAGUGUCUGCGAUACUGUGGCUUACUUUUUAUGGGUGCUAAUUUGAAAUUGUAUACUAGAUCAA